UUUAAACAUUAAUAUAGUUUUGUGGAAUCUGAAGCUUUUAUAUCUUGCUGAAUUUCCUGUACAUGUGAUCAGGCUAAAUUGGUGGUUGUAAUGAAACACUUAGAUAGUUAAUGGAAAUCUAUGGACUGGUUCACGCAUCCAGUGUUGUUGAUGUAGUAUUGAUGGGUUUGAUAUGUAUCGCUGAUUAUGGUCUGACAUUACAAUCUGGAGGAGAAUUAAAUCUUGAAGGGUAUGUGGAUGCUGAUUGGGCCAGGAUUUUCCAUCCUCGUUCUACUGGUGGCUAUUGUUUAUAUCUUGGCUCCAAUCUAGUUCAAUGGAGUUCCAAGAAACAUGUUGUUGUGCUCUCAUCCACUGAAGCUGAAUAUCUGGCACUUGCACAGGCUUCUACUGAGGUUGCGUGGAUGUAAAAUCUGUUUUAGGAACUCAAUAUCUCUGUCACUGCCACUCCCAUACUUCGGUGUGAUAACACUAGUGUUGGUGCACUAGCUUCUAAUCCAGUCUUCCAUGCUCGCACAAAACACAUAGAGAUUGAUGUUCAUUUUGUGCGAGAAAUGGUUGCCUCUAAACGUCUGACUGUUCAAUAUGUCUCUACUGAGUUUCAAACGCUGAUCUUCUCACUGAGCCACUCUCCGGUCCUUAGUUUCAGCGGUUACGAGAUCAUCUCACCAUUCUUCCUAUUGUAGGUGUUUCUACUUCCCUCUUCUUUUAAUCCUGAUGAGUCUUCUUUGUCCUCCUCAAAUGCAAGUUCAGUCUGAGGGAUGAUGUUAUCAGUCAUCCAGAACUUGCUUUGAGGGACGACAAGAAGUUUAAUGAUUAAUAAGAAGUUUAAGUAAGGAAUUUGGUGUGUUGAUACAAGAAUUGUUGCUGAUGUAGUGUUGAAACACUUGCAGUGUUGUUGAUGUAGUAUUGUUGGGUUUGAUAUGUGUUGCUGAUGUAGUGUUGAAAUGCUUGAAGUGUUGUUGAUGUAGUAUUGAUGGGUUUGAUAUGGAUUAUGAUGUAGUGUUGAAAUGCUUGAAGUGUUGUUGAUGUAGUAUUGAUGGGUGUGAUAUGUGAUUGCGGAUAUAGUGUUGAAAUGCUUGAAGUGUUGUUGAUG